AUGAAUAACGCAGGAUUCUACGAAGUGCUGAGUGAUGAAAAACCUUCUGCUUAUAUGAGGCAUCACAACCGAUUAAGUGGCUGGUCUUCAGAUGAAAAUGACUGGAAUGAAAAGCUCUAUCCAGUAUGGAAAAGAGGAGACUCUAGGUGGAAAAACUGCUGGAAAGGAGGCCGUGUGCAGGCCGUCUUGACCAGUGACUCCCCAGCACUGGUGGGCUCAAAUAUAACAUUUAUGGUGAACCUAGUAUUUCCCAGAUGCCAAAAGGAGGAUGCUGAUGGCAACAUUGUCUAUGAGAAGAACUGCAGAAAUGAUACUGAUUUGUCAUCUGACUCGUAUGUUUACAACUGGACAGCAUGGACAGAGGAUGAUGACUGGGGAAAUGCCACCAACCAAAGCCAUCCCAACGUUUUUCCUGACGGGAGGCCUUUUCCGCACCACCAUGGAAGGAAGAAAUGGAAUUUUGUCUACGUCUUCCACACACUGGGUCAGUAUUUCCAGAAGUUGGGACGCUGUUCAGCAGGAGUUUCUAUAAACACAGCCAACAUGACAGUGGGCACUCAACUCAUGGAAGUGACUGUCUAUAGAAGACACCAGCGGGCAUUUGUUCCCAUUGCAAAAGUUCAGGACUUGUAUGUGGUAACAGAUCAGAUUCCUAUAUUUGUGAAUAUGUCUCAGAAGAAUGAUCGCAAUGUAUCUGACGAAACUUUUCUCAGGGACCUCCCCAUCGUGUUCAAUGUCCUGAUCCAUGACCCUAGCCACUUCCUUAAUACGUCUGCCGUUAAAUAUAAGUGGAACUUUGGGGACAAUACUGGUCUGUUCGUCUCUAACACCCACAUUUCAAACCACACCUACGAACUCAAUGGGACCUUCAGUUUUAAUCUCACUGUGCAAGCUUCAGUGCCUGGACCUUGUCCUCCACCUUCACCUGGGCCUCCAACACCCACCCCUACUUUAGGUCCUACUAGUAACAGCCCCCUGGAGCUGAAUGAGGUUCCUGACGGAAGUUGCCAGAUUAACAGAUAUGGUUACUUUACAGCCGUCAUCACAAUUGUAGAGGGAAUCCUGGAAGUUAACAUCAUGCAGAUGACAAAUAUCCUGAUGCCACAGUCACAGCCUGGAAACUCCCUGGUGGACUUGGUCGUGACCUGCCAAGGGACAAAUCCCACAGAGGUCUGUACCAUCAUUUCCGACCCCACCUGCCAACUUGCCCAGAACUCGCUCUGCAACCCCGUGGAUGUGGACAAUGAUUGCUUGCUGACUGUGAGAAGAGCCUUCAAUGGGUCUGGCACGUACUGUCUGAACCUCACUCUGUCUGAUGCUACAAGCCUGGCUCUCACGAGCACGCUUGUCUCCAUCCCUCACAAAGAUCCAGCGUCCCCUUUACGAAUGGCAAAUGGGGUCCUGAUCUCUGUGGGCUGCUUGGUGAUAUUUGUCAUUGUGGUCACCCUCCUGGUGUACAAAAAAUACAAAGAAUACAAACCGAUAGAGAGCAGUCCUGGGAAGAUGGCCAAAGGCAAAGGCCUGAACGCGCUCGUCAGCCGUGUAAAGGCCACAAUCUCUGGUGGGAACCAGGAGAAGGACCCACUGCUCAAGAGCCAGCAGAGGAUUGUCUAA